AUGGAAACAGACGAUGAUCCAGAUCCGGAGAUACAGAUCGGAACGCCGGGUCACCCAAUAAGUAUAUCAAGUGGAUCUCCAUUUCAGGGAUCACCUUAUAAUGGACCCGACUCGUUCCAAGAGAAAAUGGCCACUUUUGAUUGGUUCUUUACCCCAUCAUACCAUAACUCUCCAGCCCAACCACCUUUGGUUGAACCAAAACUCCAAGAUGUCUCACCGCCGCCACUUCCUGUAGAGGAGCCACCGCAGCCACCUCCCGAGCCUCUGAGGCAAUUGAGGAAUGCGCGUAUGUCCGUACGGGGAGGACUUCGUUUCAGUUCUCCCCGGGGUUCGAGUUCUUAUCCCCCUAUUCCGGAGGACCCCCAGAUGGGUGGGCCCUCGAAUGCGGCGCCGGAGAUUGAACCUCCGCCAGCUUCUUAUGCACCACCUGAGCCGCCUAUGGGUUUUGAUAACCCAAUCCCAACCUACCCAGGUUCUUCUAGGUAUAAUCCUUUUGAAAACCCAUCGGGGUACCCCUCGGACUAUGUAUCUCAAGACCCGUACCUUACGGCUACGCUGUAUCACCACCUUUACCCUUCUUCUUACCCUCCGGUUCUUCCAACUGGAUAUCCAGUACUGGGUUAUCAGUACCCACCGUACCCACAACCUCCUCCUCCACAGCAGCAGCAGCAACAGACUCAGGAAAUCCUGGAGAGGUUAGAUAGGGUUGAGCACAAGGCUAGGAAAAAUAAGGAGAAACAUAAUAGCUUCAUGAAAGGCCUUGCAAACCUUAUCAAAGGGAAGAAGAAGUAG